CUACGGUAUGAGAGCCCUCGUUUGGUGAGGGAGGGCUUUUGUUAGUGAUCACAGUUUACUUUGGAGUUGCCAAGCAGGACCAAGUCGGAAUUCCACUCGCCUUUCAACUCCGACCAUAGUGGACCUCAGCAAAGUCUGCAAAAAGAUGGAAAACAACUUUCUAAAAUGGAUCCUAGCCUUUUGCAUGUUCUGCACCGUGUCAGGUGAAGGAUGCUCUCUGGAGCUGAAACCCUCCAGGGUGGUGGUGGGGUUUGGGGAGCCUGUGUCUGUCAGUUGUGAGGCCUCUCGCCCGGUGCGUGUCCUAGGCUGGGAGUCAGCCAUCGGAGCAGCACACACCCAACAGGACCGUGCUGUCCAAUGGAAGGUGGACAGUCUGAUCGACUGGAUCGAGGAGCCUAUCUGCUAUGGAGUCUUCUUCACUGCACCCAGACAGUGUGAGGAGAAACUCAACCUCAUUCUUUACAAGACUCCAGACAGUGUCACCAUCAGCUCAGCGAACCACACUGGUCCCAUGUUGGAGGGGAAAGAGUACCAGCUGCUCUGUGAUGUCCAGAACAUCGCCCCUGUUCAAUACCUCACCCUGAGGUGGUACAGAGGGCAGACUGAAGUUUACAACCACUCUUUCUCUGAUCUGACCCCUGCCUCCCCUGUCCAAGUAUCCUCCAUCCUCCUGAUCACCCCAACCAAAGCUGAUAACGGAGCCCAGUACAAGUGCGUGGCUCAGCUGGAAUUGGGACCAGAGGGACCACAACCACCUCCUUCAGUGACAUCAGAGCCUCUCAACGUCUCUGUGCAAUACCCGCCAUCCUUCCUCAGUCCUGAGGCUGAGACCCUGGACAUCGGUGUGGGGGAUGAAAUCUCAUUAAACUGCACGGCUACAGGAAGCCCCAGUCCUGUGUACAGCUGGCAGUCUUCAGAUCCCAAAGAGAAGAUGGAGGACCAACCUGUUUUUACCUCUUCCUCCUUGCUUCCAGGAACCUACACCUGCAUUUCCUCUAAUAAGAUUGGCAAGAAGAGUAAGCAGUUCAUCAUCAAGACUAAGUCUUAAGGUGUGAGAAUGUCAUCAUUGUCAGCCAGACCAUCGCACAGAAAAAAAGGAAUCGCCUUACAUUUUUAAAGACUUUGGUCAUGUAAUAGUUUAUAGUAGCAUAUUAUUGUGUUAUGAUUGAUUCUUGUUGUUAUUGCAACAUAACGUAUACUUUGAUGUGUUUAAAUAUAUAUGUAGGGUAUACAGUUCACUUUCAGUGUGGAGAACCCUAGAACGCGAGGUAAUGUGAAUAAUUAUAUCCAUUAAUAAGCUAUCCAUUAACUUUAUUUUGGAAAUCUACGUUGUUGUUUAUGUUCUUUCUUUUUUUACAUGCAUAAAAACACUAAUAAAAUGACAAAUGUAUAUUUAUAUGGCCAGUUGGUUUUAUUAUUAUCAAUGAUGGUAGGCUAUUAUUAUUAAAACAACUAAAUAAUCUUUAUAUUUCUUUUUUUAUA